AGGUAAGAUAAGUUACUACAAAGGUCAAUGACGAAAAUUGUCCGUUAAAAAGCCGCUUUAGACCGGAAGCUUGCGGGGCAGUGUUUAGUCAAUGGCCGGGCAUAUUAUCAUCCCGCCAGCGGCAUCUUUCCGUCUGUUCCAAGGUUAGUUGUGAUAUAUUAUACAACAUGUACCUAACUAUAAGUAACAAAGGGUUACCCCUCCACCGACAUCUCUAGAGUUUGAAAGAUAGACUCUUAUAAAAUAUACCUACCUGUUAUACAUACCUAGGUACCAGCUAUUAGUACAACUUACAAAAACACCAUAUUUCUUCCUCUAGACAAUACCUACCUACCUCCUACCUAAGAUAAUCACUAAUCUACCUUAGCGGCCCGUGAGAUAGAUAUAGUACCUUAUACCUAUAUAGUAAAUAUGGCGCCUCAGCUACUAUGGAUUGGCUUAGGGAACAUGGGGAGGGGAAUGGCAAAGAAUCUCGUGGAAAAAGGCAACCUAGAAAAGCCCUUACUCUUAUACAACCGAACCAGGAAGCGUUCCGAGGAUGUAGCGUCUAAGCUCCCCGCGGGAAAGGCCGAGAUCGUCGAUUCUAUCGAGGAGGGCGUUAAGAGGGCCGACGUGAUCUUCGUCAUCCUCUCUAACGACGCUGCGGUGGAAAACGUCUUCGAGACUAUUCUCAAAGUCGACGUUACCGGCAAGCUGUUCAUCGAAUGCUCUACGAUUCAUCCCGACACCGCGCAGAAGGUCGCCGACUUGGUGGCCGAGAAGGGGGGCGAUUUCGUCGCGAGUCCCGUCUUCGGAGCACCGGCAGCAGCUGAAGCUGGCCAGCUCGUUUUCGUUCCUGCGGGGAAGGAAUCCGCCAUCGACAAGCUACGUCCUUACAUCAAGGGCGUCAUGGGCCGGGCGGAGAUCCCAUUCAACGACCAGCCGGCGGCGAACUCGCCAAAGCUGAAGCUGCUGGGCAACUCGUUCAUCGUCAACAUGGUGACGGUGCUGGGCGAAGGGUUCGCGGCGGCAGAGAAGAUCGGCAUCGGCACCGACCCGCUCAAGCAGUUCGUCGACCAGCUGUACGGCGGCAUAUACAGCGUCUACGCCGGGCGGAUGCUCAGCGGGACCUACUGGAAGAUGGAAGAGCCGCUGUUCUCCGCCAACAACGCGCUCAAGGACGCCGGGCACGCGUCCAACUUGGCGAAGAGCGGGGGCGCCGAGCUCAAGCUGCUGGGCGUUUCGCAAGACUACUUGAAGAGCGUUGCUGAGCACGCGGGAGGCGAUAAAGGCGAUAUCGCGGGGAUCUACGGCGCGGCGAGGAAGAAUUGUGGGUUGAAAUAUGAGAAUGACGCAUAACUCAUAGAAGAGGAGAGGAGAGAAGAGAAUGAUAUGUUUUAAAGAGGUUAUGAACUUUAUGAGAUGAGCUAUAUGAGACGAAGUAUACUAUGUAUGAUGUAGUUGUUUAGAAAAAGGUAGCUUCAACUAACAUCACAUAAUAAUACUAUUUUAAUACAGACUGAAGGAAAA